AAUGCAGAUGAGCAAAGUGAGGGGGCGUGUGAAAUCGUUUGUAACAAAAACACAUUAUUUACAGAUGAGAAAUUUAUAUUGUCAGCGUAAUAUCUGUGAGACUAAGCAGAGCUGGAGAAUAUAUAAAAGCAGAGCACUGUGGUGCAGAAGUACCCAGCUCAGGACACAGCACACUUACUUCAAAGUUCUGGAAGAAGCUUCUCCCUCUCUCCACCUGCUGGUCCCACGUCACAGCAUCGAAGGCAGCAAAAUGAAGAGCAUUUAUGUGGUGGCUGGAUUAUUUAUAAUGCUGGUACAAGGAAGCUGGCAAUAUGCCCUGCAAGACACCGAGGAGAAAUCCAGAUCAGUCCCAGCUUCCCCAACGGACUUGCUCAAUGAUUCGGAUGAGAUGAUCGAAGACAAACGCCAUUCACAGGGCACCUUCACUAGUGACUACAGCAAGUACUUGGAUUCCAGACGUGCACUGGAUUUUGUGCAGUGGUUGAUGGACACUAAGAGGAACAAGAAUAACAUUGCCAAACGUCAUGAUAAAUUUGAGAGACAUGCUGAAGGGACCUUUACCAGUGAUGUAAGUUCUUAUUUGGAAGGCCAAGCUGCCAAGGAAUUCAUUGCUUGGCUGGUGAAAGGCCGAGGAAGGAGAGAUUUACCAGAUGAAGUCGCUAUUGUUGAAGAACUUAGUCGCAGACAUGCUGAUGGAUCUUUCUCUGAUGAGAUGAAUACAGUUCUUGAUAACCUUGCCACCCGAGAUUUUAUAAACUGGUUGCUGCAGACCAAAAUCACUGACAGGUGA